GGUGUUUUCAGCCUACAUUAAGGAAGUGGACGAGAAGCCGGCCAGCACGCCUUGGGGCUCCAAAAUGCCCUUCGGGCAGCUGAUGGCUGAAUUCGGGGGCACCGGCAGUGGCGGUUGGGUCCACAGCGUCAGUUUCUCGGCUAGCGGGAACCGCCUCGCCUGGGUCAGCCACGAUAGCACCGUAUCCGUUGCCGAUGCCUCGAAAAACAUGAUGCUCUCCCAGCUGAAAACCGAGUUUCUCCCCUUGCUGAGCGUGUCCUUCGUCUCGGAGAACAGCGUGGUGGCUGCUGGCCACGAUUGCUGCCCGAUGCUUUUCAACUGUGACGACCGCGGAGCGCUCAACUUUGUCUCCAAGCUUGACAUUCCUAAGCAGAGCAUUCAGCGCAACGUUUCGGCCAUGGAGCGUUUCCGCAACAUGGACAAGAGAGCCACUACGGAAGACCGCCACGCUACACUGGAUACACUGCACCAGAAUAGCAUUAC